CUCUGAUUCUAAGUUAAAAAGGACUCGACAUACGGUUAAUUCAGAAAAUGGUGACAUUUAUUUCGUCCGUUUUUCAGAAUCUAAUGUUGAACUUGCCAAAUGUUCUUUAGUACAGACUCAAAAAUCCGAUGUUUCUUCUAUUACAUUCUUCCCAAAUGAUGGUUUUUCUAAUGAUCUGGAUGAGAUUGUUAAAGGAUUAAA